GGACAGAUCAGCUGGUUGCCAUGGUGAAGAGCUGGAGGAGGCCAGAGCUAAAAACACAGACCAGAAGAAAGCAGGUGGAAAGACCAACAGGUGUGACCAUCCGGUCGACAGCGCAGGUCUUUUCUCCUUCAUGACGUUUCAUUGGCUGACUCCUCUGGCUGUACGCGCCCGCAGGAAAGGGCAGCUCCUAUUGGACGACAUCUGGCCCAUGUCAGAGCGGGAGGGUUGCCAUGCCAACAGCCUGAGGUUGGCAUCUCUCUGGGAGGACGAGCAGAGGUCAAAGGGCAGCGACACGUCCUUGUGUUCAGUGGUUUGGUCUUUCUGUCGGACUCGACUCCUCCUCUCUAUCCUCUGUCUCGCAGUCACACAGGUGGCAGGAUUCAGUGGUCCGGCAUUUGUGGUGAAGCGUCUGCUGGAGUACACUCAGCAGGAGGAACCAGACCUGGUCUAUGGGCUGCUGCUGGUCCUAGGUCUCCUGGCCACGGAGCUGGUUCGGUCCUGGUCUCUGGCUCUUACCUGGGCCCUGAACUACAGAACAGGAUCUAGGCUGAGAGGAGCCAUCCUGAGCCUGGCCUUCCACAAGAUCCUCAAGCUCCGCAGCAUCAGAGACAAGUCUGUGGGACAGCUGGUCAACAUGUGCUCCAGUGACGGUCAGAGGAUGUUUGAGGCAGCAGCCGUGGGCAGUCUGUUAGCAGGGGGCCCCCUGGUGGCCGUGCUCGGUGUUGCCUACAACCUGUUCAUACUGGGACCGACGUCCCUGCUGGGAUCAGCUGUGUUCAUCCUCUUCUACCCCACCAUGAUGUUCAGUUCCAGACUGACGGCGUACUUCCGGAGGAAGGGCGUGGCCGUCACCGACAGGCGAGUGCAGAAGAUGAACGAGAUCCUCAGCUACAUCAAGUUCAUCAAGAUGUACGCCUGGGUUAAAGCCUUCGCCCAGGACGUCCACAGGAUCCGUGAAGAGGAGCGGAGGAUCUUGGAGUUGACGGGAUAUUUCCAGAGCAUCACUGUGGGUGUGGCUCCCAUUGUUGUUGUCAUCGCCAGUGUGGCAACAUUCUCCACCCACAUUUUGCUAGGAUAUGACCUGACAGCAGCCCAGGUCUUCACUGUGGUGACGGUGUUCAAUGCGAUGACCUUUGCCCUGAAGGUCACUCCGUUCUCGGUCAAGUCUCUGUCUGAAGCUUCAGUGGCCAUGGAGAGAUUUAAGACGCUCUUACUGUUACCAGAGGUUGACGGCGUCCGUGCGUUGCCCGAUGACCCUCAGGUUACCGUGGAGAUGUGUGGGGCCAGUCUGGCGUGGGAGGGGGGCGGACAGAGCGCUCAGCCCAGCCCUUGUGUCCGAAGUGCUGGCAGACACCGACACGGCAGGGACAAGUGCAGACACAGUGUGGGUCUCCAGGAGGAGCAGGAGGAGGAGGUGACCGGCUCCCUGCUGAGGGGAGAAGGAGGAGAUAUAGCCUCAUGUCAAGAGGAGGAAGCCCGUCCUCCACUCCUGGCUGUUGUCCCUGUCUCCCAACGACUUCAGAAAACCCUGCACUGCAUCAACCUGAGUGUCCAGCAGGGGAAGCUGGUUGGUGUCUGUGGAAGCGUCGGCAGUGGAAAAACCUCUCUGAUCUCUGCCAUCUUGGGACAGAUGACGAUACUGGAGGGCAGCGUGGCUGUCAGAGGAAGGCUGGCAUAUGUGGCUCAGCAGGCUUGGAUCCUGAAUGCAACACUGAGGGACAACAUCUUGUUUGGACAGGAGUAUCAGGAGGACAGGUGA